ACUUUCUGUCCCUGUGUCGUCCCUGUGGGUGGCGUCUGUUCCUGGUUUUUUCUACCUGUUUGUCUGAGUAUUUAUUGUAAGAGCUGGUCCUUAUUCAGCAGUUUCACACUGGGAGACUGAAGUCAACUGAAGUUCAUCCUGCAGGAGGACGUCAUCGUUUUGAACAUCUGCACCAUCCACCAUGAAGAUGCUGACUUUGUCUUUGUUCGUGUGUGCCAUGAUGGUUCUGACCAGAGCUGUUGCUCUUCCACCAGGUCCAGAUGUACAGAUGCCACUGGAAACCUUUCCACCAACUCAUCCAUUUGACAAUGAAGAUAAUUGGGGAAUGCCAUCAGAGCACGAUUUCGGCGGCUGGGUUCCAUCUUGCCCCGAGGGUUGGACUAUGUUCAGCACUCAGUGUCUCCUCUACAUUUCAAAAGAGAUGACUUGGGGCGAGGCUGAGGGAAACUGCCGGUCUUUUGGAGAGGGAAACCUUGCAUCAGUGUACAACGCAGAGCAGGCCAAUGAUAUUCAUGAGAUGAUGAAGCGUGCCGGACAUGAGCGUGGACAAGUAUGGGUCGGGGGCCAUAAUACAGCAGAGGAUCCUUCUUGGUCCUGGAGCGAUCAUUUGUCCUUUGAUAUAUUUCAUCAAUGGUGUCGUGUGGAGCCUGCAAAGCACGAGCACCACUGCUUACAAGUAAACUUUGGAGAAAAUAUUUCGGGAUGCUUGGAUGACAAGGACUGUGAAGCUCAACUCCCAUCUGUCUGUGGACUUUCUGUCUCUGUGUCGUCCCUGUACGUGGUCAGUUCCUGCUUUUGUACCUGUUGGUCAGAGUAUUUAAGAGCUGGUCUUUCUUUCCUCAGUGUUGUUCUCCACACAGGAAGACUGAAGCCACCACAGGCCGACGCUGAGAAGAAAGAAGAGAAGAUCAUUCUGCAGCAGAUUCACACCACAAAGAUGCUGACUGUGUGUCUGCUUGUUUGUGCCAUGAUGGCACUGACCAGAGCUGCAGCUCUUCCAGGAGAAAUACCUGAGAAAAAUCAAACAGCUGAGAGUCGCCUGGUCAAGAGGUCCACGUCUUGUUCAGCUGGCUGGUCUACGAUCAAUGGUCGCUGUUUCCGCUAUGUUCCAAACCCCAUGACUUGGGCUAAAGCUGAGAGAAACUGUCAGUCCAUGGGUGCAAAUCUGGCAUCGGUGCACAGCACACAGGACUACCAUCAAAUUCAGUGGCUGAUACUGAGCGCCACUCAUCAGCACAAAGACACAUGGAUUGGAGGCUCUGACGCAGAAGAGGAGAAUAUUUGGUUUUGGAGUGAUGGCAGUCCUUUCCACUAUACAAACUGGUGUCAUGGAGAACCGAGUAACAGUCAUGGCGGCGAGGGCUGUUUGCAAAUGAAUUUUGGAGGUCAGAAGUGCUGGAAUGAUGAAAGGUGUUACAUACAUUUCCCAUCUAUCUGUGUCAAGAGAGUAAUGAUAUUUAUGAGCUGCUCUUUCUCUCGUCCUCCAACUACAAAGAUGCUGACUGUGUGUCUGCUUGUCUGUGCCAUGAUGGCACUGACCAGAGCUGCAGCUCUUCCAGGAGACAUGCCUGAGAAAACUCAAACAGCUGAGAGUCACCUGGUCAAGAGGUCCACGUCUUGUUCAGCUGGCUGGUCUGAGAUCAAUGGUCGCUGUUUCCGCUAUGUUCCAAAACCCAUGACGUGGGCUAAAGCUGAGAGAAACUGUCAGUUCAUGGGUGCAAAUCUGGCAUCGGUGCACAGCACACAGGACUACCAUCAAAUUCAGUGGCUGAUACUGACCAUCACUCAUGAGUACAAACAAACAUGGAUUGGAGGCUCUGACGCACAAGAGGAGAAUAUUUGGUUUUGGAGUGAUGGCAGUCCUUUCCACUAUACAAACUGGUGUCAAGGAGAACCUAACAAUCUCGGAAGCCAGCACUGUUUGCAAAUGAAUGACAGAACUGAGAAGUGCUGGGAUGAUAUGGGGUGUGGCAACCAUCGCCCGUCUAUCUGUGUCAAAAGAGGCUGAUGAUUCCUGUCAGAAUCCACCAUACACAUUCAUAUGUGUUGGUGUUUAUCUUUGCAAACUCAUCUGUAUCAGCCUCAUAUAUAACCUGAAGGCUCUAUAUCCCAUUUCACUUCUAUAUUUCCUCUCUAUCGCUGUAACGCUACUUAAGGAAUGAAGCGACAAGUUAAACUGGAGCUGGAUCGUCUUUUAGGAGGCAAACUGUGUUAUGAAAAGAAUGAUUUUAGCACAACUUUAUUCUGCAGUGAACUCUUCUUUCUUGUCUAAUAUAAGAUUAAAAGUCUG